GUCGACCCCACACGUGCGCAUGCUCGGUUCGUUCCGGAGGUCCCCUGCGUCGGCGUUCCCCCGCGUGCGUUGUUAACCUGAGGGAAUCAUGUUGUAAAGAGAUGGGGGCCUCGGUGACUCGCGCGAUCAGGAACUUCAACCUAGAGAACCGGGCGGAACGGGAAAUCAGCAAGAUGAAGCCCUCUGCCGCUCCGAGGCACCCGUCUACCAAGAGCCUCCUGCGAGAGCAGAUGAACUCCCGUCCAGAUAUUAAGGGAGAAAUUGCUAGAAAAGAUGACAAACUGCUGUCAUUACUGAAAGAUGUGUAUGUUGAUUCCAAAGAUCCUGUGUCUUCUAUGCAGGUAAAAGAUGCUGGAACACGGCAACAGCCAAAGGAGUUCAGAUUGCCAAAAGGCAAUCACUUUGGUAUGAAUAUUGAGAACAUUCCCAAAGGCAAAAUUUCCAUUGUAGAGGCAUUGACACUUCUCAACAAUCAUAAACUUUAUCCAGAAACAUGGACUGCUGAGAAAAUAGCAGAAGAAUACCAUCUAGAACAGAAAGAUGUAAAUUCUGUUCUCAGAUAUUUUGUUACUUUUGAAGUCAAAAUCAUCCCUCCUGAAGACAGAAAAGCAAUCCAAUCAGAAUGAAGGAAAUCUUGAAGUUACUCCCCAUUUCUUUGUCCUGUUUAUUUUCUCCUUUUUAGCAUAUUAAAUUAUAUAAAUUACCGACUGUUUAAAGCUUCCUCCUUGUGAGAGCAUACUAUUUAUUGAGCUCCGAUGAAUUUUCAGGACUGCUGAUAGAGUAAAUUUUGUUUUCUUUAACUUUAAUUUGUUUUAGGCAUGUGUUCUUAUGUAAUAGCAUGACUAAAUAGAACAUGUAUAAAUGUAUUACAAAGAGUUAAUGCGUUAUUUCAGGCACACUGUAUCAAGCUUUUAAAUUGGUUAUGUGACCUCUUGGGAAAUAUCCUGAAUCCCGCAUUUAACAUUUAGUUUCACCUUUCAAUUUAGGUGAUUGGUUUAUUCUUCCUAUGGAAUAGUGAAAGUAAGAGCUUUCUUGACUCUUAUGACUGUGACAUUUUCUUGUUGGGGAACUGGAGGCUUGACAGCAAGGUUGAAUAACAGUGUUUUCCAAGUAAAGGCAGACAGGAGACGACACAAAAUCAGCAGAAAAUACAUUUUUACUCCUGCUCUGGGAAAUAAGAACUAAUGAGGCCUUUUUAUUUGUUUUGAGUUGGUUUUGCAUAUGAAAUAACUUUUAAAUUAUAAUAAGGAGUUAUUUAUAAAAUUGUAGCAGUCUCUCCUUUGACAGGUACAAAAGCUUUCAGAGAGGCAGGCGAUAGUGGGAACAUUCUGAAGAAAAUAACUUUUCUGAACUUAAUAUAGAAAUACAAGAAAAAUUUAAAGAAUUGUUAAAGAACCAUGAUAAAUGAAAUUUGGUGACUAGAUAUAUUUUAUAAUUUAAAUGCUGAUUGAAAAGAGAAAAAAUAGCAAGUAGAAGCAUAAAAUGUGAUCACUGGAAGGAACCUGAGAUUGCUGCUUCAUUUAUUUAACAAACUAAGCAUGAUGUAUAUCAGUACUAGGGGCUUCAGCGAGAUUAUUAAGUUUAUCUCUGUUAUGUAACUACUUGUGGAAUCUUGGGUGGGUUGUGUAACCUCUUUGAGAUUGAAUUUCCUUUAUAAAUGAGUAUAAUGCUGCCUUAAAUCUAAGGGUUCCUGUGAAGAUAAAUAGGAUAAUAAAGGCCUGAACAAAUAUGACUUAUUUUUUGCAGUUGAGAACAGAAAUAGGCCUUGGAAAGUUUCAUGACCUAUUUAAGAUUAUUGUAUAGUUUUAUGACAUAGCUUGGCCCAGAAUUUAGGUUUUCAAAAUCCUAGUGUGUUUUUUUCUGCUGUGCCAAUGAGAAGUAUAUCUCAGAAGAACAGAAGGUAUGAAUUAUAGGAAUACUGGGGGAUGUGGUAAGAAAAAUUCCAGGUUAUCAUUGUCUCUGAGGGAAGAUAGACAUUCACUGCUUCCUAGGGAGUCCUCUGCAAAUGGUAUGGAAGUGCCGAGGAAUUCAGCAUGAUGACGAAUUGAGGUAUUUGUAAUACUAAGAAGAGAAAAAUUGAGAAUUGAAAUGUUUAAUGUUUUCAAAUGCAGUUUUGUUAUGUGAUUAUACCUAGUUUAUGUUUAGUUUAAAACAGUUCUUUUUAAGAAAACAAGAACUCAAUAUAAAAUUGCAUUUUAAAACUCUGGUAAAUCAUCAAAACCUUAUCAAAUAAAGAUCAGUACUUGAAUCAAUAAUACUGCUAUUUUUGUCAUCUUCCCUAUUCAAAUCCACACUGUGGUUAGGCAGCUAUAAAUAUGGCUAUUAUAUGGUGUCACAUGAUAGAAUAAAGUACUUCCCAUAUUA